GUAAUGAACAAUUCCGAAAAUCCGACAUUAGAUCAACCUUCUGGCGAUGUUUCAACUAGAGUUUUCACUAGUCCCGACAUCAAAGGCCUUAAAAUACGUUCCGAAGCACUCCGAAUAUGCCGCCUUUACGUCGGUGAAAACUGGAAGCAACUGACUCCAGAUGAUGUCUGUUUAACGCGACUAAGUGGGCUGACAAAUUACGUUUUCAGAGUGUCAAGUUUAAAACCAGAACCAAAAGUGUCACCAUUGCUUCUACGGAUCCACGGUUCAGUAGGUCACGAGUUAGUCAUCGAAACGGUCACAGCCUCAAUUUUAGCUGAGAGGAAUUUUGGUCCGAAAUUGUAUGGCAUCUUUCCCGAAGGGAGGCUAGAAGAAUUCGUAGAGGCCGAUCGCUUAGAGGUGACAGAUCUAAGAGUCCCCGAAAUUUCAUCAAAAAUUGCCAGAAACUGUGCCAAAUUCCAUAAACUUAGCGUACCAGUUAUGAAAACACAGUGGCUUUUACUGCAGACAUGCAAGGAGUACUAUUCGCUAGUCGGCGCAUUAAAGCCUACGGACCAAUCUGAGAUCAAAGCGAAAGAGAUUUUGGAACAGUUGGAUGUCGACAAAGAAAUUGAGUUUAUGAAGGAUCAAUUGAGCAGGUCUACGUCGCCUGUUGUUUUCUGCCACAAUGAUAUGCAGGAAGGAAACAUUCUAUCUCGGGUCGAAGACAAGCAACUGGUUUUUAUAGACUAUGAGUACUCGUGCUACAACUACAGGAACUUCGACAUCACAAACCACUUCUUAGAAUGGAUGGCCGAUUACGAAGUAACAGAACCGCCUUUCUUCACUUUUAAUCUGAACAACUUCCCAACUAGGGAUGAACAGAUGCACUUCCUGACUGAGUAUUUCUCAGAAAUGGGAAUGGAACCAGGGUCAAAGGUCAUUCAAGAGGCGACAGAAGAGGUUAUUAGUGAGAUUGACCUCUAUUCAUGUUAUUCGCACCUGUUUUUCUCAUCGUGGGGAGUUUGUGUGCAGUACCAUUCGACCCCUGGAUCUUGCGACAUUCCGUUCGGAUACCUGGAGUACUCCUCGACCAGAUUGAAACUCUAUCAAAAAGCCAAAGAGAGAUUGCUCAACAGUCAAAAAUAGAAAACUUUUAAAAAGUAUCAUUUGAAGAUUGAACUAUAAAUACUUCCUAAAUUCCAGAAAUUAUAAGUUGUGAAAAUGAAGUAACAGAACACUAAUCGUUUGCGUUAUACUCAGUCAUCUAGUCGAGGUAAUAUUUUGAUGUUUGAGAGCAUGUUUUAAUUGAACUCAUUCUUUAAUUUAUUUUUAUAAAAGGUUUGUAUAUCUGAAAAUGUGUCAUCUUAUAUAGCAUAUAUAUAAUUACUUUAAAUUGCCAUCGUUUUCUCUGUUCACUAAUUUAAUCCGAAAACAUUCAAA